ACUAUACGUACCGGUACGUUUAAGCUAAACUUGUCUUUGACGGUAUUUGACGGUAGGACAGUUUCUCUGGGGGAUUGGAUAUGCCAAGAAAACACCAUGGCAAUGAAUGCAGUGAAUGCAGAACUGAAGCAAGCCAGGAAAAAAUUAGAGGAGGCCCUUGGUGAUAACCUACCUGCUUACUGGACGGUGAUGAAACAGUGGUAUCGCCAGAAAGUAGACAAAGAUGAAUUUGACAAUGAAGCCAUACGAUUGCUGACAGAGAGGAAUGUCCACCUGCAUAAUGAGUUUAUGGUUGCUAUCUUUACAAAGUGCCAAACUGCCAACUUCAUCCUUGACUCCAAUGCAGGUAAAGGAGCUACCUCCGCUGUUACGCCACCAACUCCAGCACCAAGCAAAGUGGCGAAGAAGACAAAGAGCACGAAGAAGAAGAAAGCUGUUGUGAGAGCCACUUUUGAGAAUCGCUUCAUGCCCAGUGAUCCUAUGCAGUAUCUACCAAUCGAGGUGUCGAAGCCUGUAGCCAAUGAUAAAGUUGAUUUCUGUACCAAGGCAGCUUGCCUACCAGACGCUGAAAUGCUUCAUGGAAGAGUGUUUGUGACGACCUGGGAAUGGGGCCUGGAGGGUGUCACAGAUUCCACUGUCCCUCUUAUCCUCCAUGCUAUCCAACACACCCUCAAAAGUAUCAUCAGUGCUAUGCUUUCAAGACAGUCUGCCUACGAGGUCCGGGAUGGGUGCUUCAAGCAUGCCAAUGGGCAAUAUUUCACUGAAACAACGCCGCAAGCAAAAGAAAGAGAAAACAAGGCUGAUAUCCAGUCUUCUACAGACUCGCCAAGCUCUAAUAUCGUAAGCAAGCUCGGAGUGGAUGAAGUCGAGCAAAAGGCUGUUUAUAGACUCGCUACCGGUGGCAUGGCCCCCAUGAACAAGACGCUAACUUUAGAAGAUUUACUUGAUGCAAUGCUGGUCAAUGGUAGACUGCUGGCUUCUCAUACAGUUUCUUCAUUAGCAAUAGAAAGGGUUCUGUGUAGUCUUUGGCAUCCCGAUCAAUAUCAACUUGACCAGGAUGAGAAAUUCAGACAACAACUUGCAAAACCAUUUUCCAUGGACAGACGGUAGCAACCAACAAUUGUUGUGUUUUGGAGAUAACUUGAACUAGAAAGAUUAUACAGGAUUCAGUGAAAAUUUGAAUUCAGUUUGUCUCACUGAACUUGUAUGGUGGGAUGAGAUGUAGGAGUGAGAUACAGGAGUCCAUAUAUUACAAAAAUGUAAUCCUAAGACAUCUCUUGAAUGUAGAUUUAGAAGUGAGUUCAAUUUUUAGGUCACUGUUUACAUGUAUAGCUGCCUGAAUGGAUCACCACAUGCUCAGAAAAUGUAACGCUGAGACUGAACAUGAAGCGUGAGCAUAAAACAUUCUAUUCCUUUCUUAUAUUUCCAAAGCUUCUUUUCAGAAAGGCAGCUACAUCCAGACUGCCUCUGAAAUCAUAAGUAUGUCUGAUCACCUCCACCAACAGCUAUUUUCUUGUAUUUGUGUAUUAUCUUGGGUUAGGGCCAAGUCAUGCCAGAAAUUUUUCAUGUCUCGUGUCUACGAAAGUAUGCUUGGAGUACAUUGUAGGCCCUAUUACUGGUAACUAUGGAGCUCAUCUAGCAAAUGCCUGAUUAUCUUUGGGCAAGCAAAAUCAGAGUGUUAUAAUAAGUACAGUGUAUGAUUAACCGUGGUGUACCAUGAAGCAUGUACAUUGAUUCAAUGUUUGCCAUGAAAACCUUUAAAAAUUACUUGGUCCCUCAGCAUGAACUUCGCUACUGUUGCAUGUUUAAUAAAGCUGUUUGUAAGUUUCAAAUGACUUAACGCAUGACUGUUGACCCUUCUAAAUGCUGCAUCCCAAUGUUCCAGUCAUUCGUAAAGUUGUUCACAACUUUAUGAAACAGUCUCACCAGGGACGGCUGAUUCAGUCUUAUCUUGGAUGUCAUGAAAUGCUAAUUCUGGUACAGUUUAUGAAAAGCUAAUUGUGUUGCCUCUUCCUGGGUGUUCAAUAUACGUAUGUAUGUAUGUAAAUUAGUAAAACUAUAUGCUUAAUUCACACGUACUAAUGGUGGGGGGGGGGGGGAAUCAUCCCAAGGAAUAAAAAUUGAGUUCAUUUCUGAUUGUAAUUGACUCCUGAAUUUAGCUGAAUGAAAUUAUUGCCAGGUAUUUUUGUGUGUGUAGAUUUUAACCUGAAAUCUCUCAAUUCUCGGAAGAAGUAGCAGCUGUGUCUAUUGUCAGCUUUGAAUUUCAUACUACGCUUGUAAAGGAUAUUGGUUUGCCUCUUGUCUGUAUAUCUUAUUGUAUGAACAUUGAUUUCAAAUAUUUAAAAAGAUCAUUAUGGAAAUUACAACUACGCUUUUAUAAUCAGUAUAAUUUUUUUUAUUAACUGCAGUGAGAUUAUAUCAACGAGAUCAUGUAAGAUGAUAUAUUUUGUUCCCCUCAAGUCAGGUAAUCCCUUAUGGAACAAACACAUAGUCACACUCUAUCAGAUUGUGAAAGUCGGCAAAAUAUCAAAUUUAUAAAGUGUGAUGAAUAUUAAAAAUGUCCAUACAUGCUGUGAUAAAUGCAAUUAAAAAUGCAGAGAAUACCUUCAACUGUUUGCAGUUUUUGGAGAUAUAUUCUCUUGAUAUGGAUAAAAAAAUUCUACCAAUUCAAUUCAACAACACUGUAGUAUAUAGGUCUUAUAAUAUGAGACACAGGGAAUGCAGAUUCUUUACAUGAUCAAUUCAAGUACAUAGAAUUAUGUUCCUAUUUAAAUAAUUAACAGAAAAAUGUUUGGCAAAAACAGCUCCCUUUUUUGGUUUUAGUGAGUUAAAACUUAAAUGCUAAUGUUUAUUUUCGUCCCGGGUAGAAUUUGUCCAAAUUUUCAUAACAUUGGUGUUCAAAAGAAAAUUUGUAUGUUUUGGUGCCCCCAACACCAUGUACAUGCAAUUUAGUGUUUUGAUAGAUCUAUGGAAGCAAUUUUGGGAAUAUUGUAGUGAAUUGAUGAAGUACAUACAUGGCAUGUGUUGUUUUAUCCUUCAUAAUUGUUUCUUAGAUGCCAUUUCUCAGACAAAACUAGGAAUUCCUUUUCUAACGUACAGUGUAUUUUCUUCCAAAGAAAACUAUUUUAUUGGGUGUGUAGGAAAAUGCCAACUCUAGUUGAUUUUCUCAAUUUAUUGAUCCAUGCAAAUAGACAUCCCUGUUAUUGUGUAGUAGUGUAAAUUAUGUUGAGUUACUUCUUAGGAAUAGGUAAUGUAACAUGCAUGUAAGCAGUAUUUAUAUGUACCUGCAUGGAAUAAUGCAUUUUCAUAAUAAAAUUUAUGAACUUA